GAGUUAUUUUUUUCUGCUAUUAUUAAAAUAUACAACUCAACAAUAGAUAGUGAUUAUGGCCUUAGGAAUCUUAUUAUCCAGAUGAUAAAAGAUAACCUGGGAAUGUUAAGGGCUAAAGAGAAUCCUAUAUUAGAUAAAACACUUCUUAAAAUCAUCCCGGACUUUAUAUUAGAGAUAUGUCUUUCUGCCCUGGACAAAUGUGCCGAACAGGACAAGAGAUGGGAUUAUUGA